AUGUCGCAGACUACGUCAUCAAGCGAAGUAUCACCCGAAGGAGAGAGCGCGUAUCCAGAGCCUCCGAAGAAUUGGGGGAAGACGCCUUCGUUCGGCGCGCUGGCCAGUCUAUACAACAAAUUGUCCCGUGAGAGGCAACAUGAUAAGCGCAGGAAAGCCAUCGAUACAUGGUUUGAGCAAUGGCGCAAAGUGGUUGGACCCGAUCUCUACCCUGUCAUCCGCCUCCUUCUUCCCGACAAAGACCGCGAACGCAUUGUAUACGGAAUGAAGGAGAAGAAUCUUGCCAAGGCAUAUAUCAAGAUCAUUCCGCUUCAGACGAAGAGUCCGGACGCCAUUCGCUUAUUGAACUGGAAGCGGCCUACCGAGCUGCAUAAAGCAUCAGGAGACUUUACAUCCGUACUUCUUGAGAUCAUCGGCAAGCGAAGCAAUGUGCUCGAAGGCUCGCUCACCGUCGAGGAUGUGAAUACGCUGCUGGAUGAGUUGUCCAAGUGUGGGAAUAAGCAAGAUAAGCAAGCAGAAGUCAUGAAGAAAGUCUACGCUCGCACAACACCAGAUGAACAGCGAUGGAUUACACGCAUCAUCCUUAGAGAUAUGGGAAUCUCUGUGAAAGAGACAACCGUGUUCUCCGUCUUUCACCCCGACGCUCACGAUCUGUUCAAUACUUGUUCCGACUUGAAGAAGGUCACUUGGGAACUCUGGGACACAAAGCGCCGAUUGAACGAAGACGAAAAGACAGUGAAACUCUUCCGCGCUUUCACACCCAUGCUCUGUAAGCGGCCGACCCGUUUGCUCGAAGAUUCAGUUAAGGACAUGGGCGGCCGUACGUUCAUCAUCGAGGAGAAGCUUGACGGGGAGCGUAUACAGCUUCACAAGCGCGGGAACGAGUUCUUCUAUUGCUCUAGGAAGGCGAAGGAUUACACGUACCUCUAUGGCAAACAUAUCGGCGAGGGUAGUAUGACACCACAUAUUGCCGAGUGCUUUGAUCCUAGGGUCGAAGACAUUGUUCUUGAUGGGGAGUUGCUCGUAUGGGACCCGGUCUCCGAGCGCCAUCUGCCCUUUGGCACGUUGAAGACAGCAGCCACCAAUAAAUCGCCGACACUGAAGGAUCCCCGGCCCUGUUUCAGAAUCUUCGACAUGCUCUAUCUCAACGGCCAAUCGCUCAUUCACAAGUCUCUGAAGUUUCGUAAACGCAAUAUGAAAGCGUGCGUGAAAGAGAAGGCGGGAUAUCUCGAGUAUAUCCUGGAAAGCGAAGGCAAGACUGCGAAGGAUAUCCGUACCAAGAUGGAGGAGGUCCUUGAGAGCCGUGGAGAAGGGCUUGUGAUCAAGCAUCCUGACUCCGAGUACGUACUAAACGGUCGCAACAAGGACUGGAUCAAGGUCAAGCCGGAGUACAUGGAUAGCAUGAGUGAGACAUUGGAUCUUCUCGUCGUUGCCGGGCACUACGGAUCGGGAAAGCGUGGCGGAGGCGUCUCUUCACUCAUCUGUGCAGUUCGCGAUGAUCGCGCGAAGAGCGAGGAGCCUGUCUACAGCACGUUCGUGCGCUGUGGUACCGGUUUGAGUCUAGCGGACUAUGUCUGGAUCAGAGAGUUGCCCUGGAAGAAGCGCACACCCACGCAGAGGUGUGAAGCUGUCCGCACUGCGCCGGAGAACAUCGGCGCAGAGGACAAGGGAGACUUGUAUCUCGAACCAGAGGAUUCCUUCUUGAUCUCAGUCAAGGCAGCAGACAUCAUACCAUCUGACCAGUAUCAUCUGAACUAUACUCUCCGCUUCCCUCGCGCUCUCAGGACGCGAGAAGAUCUUCCCAUCUCCGAUUGCGCGACCGUGUCGAAUGUAUUGAGCAUUGUUCGAAACGGCAAGAAGCGGAAAGCAGACGAAGAAGAUGGGUCGCUUCUCAAGAGGCGAAAGAAGACUGGCGGUCCGAAGAAGGCACCGCCCACCAUGCUGGGUGUGCUCAAGGGCGUGAAUCUCAAAGACGUCGAGGUCGAAUCAGACAUCUUCGAGGACAUGUCGUUCGUGGUCUCUGCAGAUCCCAAGUCGAAGAAUCGCGAUGGUGAGAAGUCGGAGCUCCUCAAGCUUAUCAAGGCGAACGGAGGAACAUUCUAUCAGAUCGCGAAGAACCAACCCGACCUACUUGUCGUAUACGGGGGUGCAACAACUCCAUAUGACAUCAAGAUGAUCAUGAAUAAGGACGUACACGAUAUCAUCCGCCCACAAUGGCUUCUCGACUGUGUGGCCGCCGGCGAGCGAUUGCCCCUGACGAAGAAGUAUUUCUUCCACGCUACGGAGGAUCGCAAGAACACUCGAGAAUACAAGCAGUUCGAGCGCGCUGAUAGUGAUGGCAGCGAUACAGAGGCCGAAGACGAUGAUGAACCGGAGAGCACUUUGAAGAGCGCCCCGCCGUCACCAACAGGCUCUGAGCCGGAUUCUCCCCACGAUACCCAGAUAGACGAGGAUGAGUCCGUCCCGGAUCCUCUGCUACGAGACUGGUUCCAAGUACGCGAUGGCCGUGAGAUCCCGAGCGGGGGCAAGGAUGAAGACUCGGCGACGGACCCGGAAUCUGACAACGAUGAUACGCGGGACGAGGAAGACGAUUGGUUUGGUGUACGGACACCGGAUACGCUUGAUGAUGAUGUUCCGAAAGCAGUGUCCCAGCUGGACGUCAAUAGUCAGAGUCUGACGUUAGAUGAUGACUUCGUUGAUGUGGUUCAAGAGCAUGCUCCGAUUGACGAGGACGUGAAGAUGGGCGAGAGCGAUGACGCCUUGACCUAUGACGAGGAGCGCAUCUUCACGCAUCUGCGCUUCUACAUCGACUCUCCAAGCAAUGCACGUAAGAACGGGAUGAAGGUGUCUACGAAACACGAAGCCACUGUCGAAAAGAGUCUCGCAGCUAUCGGCGCUCUGAUCUCUGACAACGGCGGAAGAGUUACCGAUCUCGACGAUCCUAAGCUGACGCAUGUCGUGCUUGACAAGCGCGACGACAGCCGGAGACGUGAGCUGAUGCAAACGACAUCUCAGCCGAAGCGUCGUCAUUUGGUGCUGUCCGACUUCAUUGAGGCAUGUUUGGAAGAAAGCACACUUUUGGAUGAAGCUGACUUUGCUCCUUGA